CGCGCGGCUCCUCCCAGGCUCUCCUGCUGCUAACGGGCGCGGCCUGCCUGGCCCACUUCUCGUCUCCAUCGACGCCGCCGCCCAUUUCAUUUCAGAGCGAUAGGGAGGAUCAGGUUAAAUAACCGACCCAUCCGCCGGGGAGCGCUCUUCCUUCGGUUCCAAUUCCAACGGCAACAACAGCGGCGGGAAAGGAGGAGAGGGCAAGGGGAGGAGCCAUGGGUAACGCGUCGUCGAUGCUGACCCAGUACGACAUCGAGGAGGUCCAGGAGCACUGCAACUACCUCUUCUCUCAGCAGGAGAUCGUGUCCCUGUACGAGCGGUUCUGCCAGCUCGACCGCAGCGCCAAGGGCUUCAUCUCCGAGGACGAGUUCCUCUCCAUCCCCGAGUUCUCCCUCAACCCGCUCUCCAAGAGGUUGCUACGUAUGGUUGAUGGAUUGAACUUUAAGGAUUUUGUUGCCUUUCUUUCUACUUUCAGUGCAAAGGCCAGUCUUCGGCAGAAGAUCGAACUAAUAUUUAAGGUUUACGACAUCGAUGGCAAGGGAAAAGUAACCUUCAAGGACCUGCUAGAAGUUUUACUUGACCUAACAGGGUCGUUCAUGUCUGAUGAACAAAGAGAGCAAGUAGUAACUAAGGUACUAGAAGAAGCGGGGUACACCAAGGAUUGCUCAUUUUCAGUAGAAGACUUUAUCCAGAUUAUCGACCAUCCUGGGCUAAAGAUGGAGGUGGAAGUGCCAAUUGAUUAGUGAAAACACUGCAGAUUUCAGAAAAUUAGUUUAAUCUGCAAGGACAUAGUGUCCAUACUCGAUGACAUGUAACAGGAUAAUGGCACCAGCAUUAGUUGUCCUAUUUGUGACCAGUUCACGUGCCUAAAUUUUCGUUUACUCUGAUGAAACAACUAGCUUUCGUCUUUGUUUAGCCCUUGUA